AUGACUGUAUUUUACAUGAAGCGAUCCCAUGGAGGCAGCAGGAACGAAUAUUUAUGGCAAUUUCUAGGAUUCAGGAAGCGGACAUGCCUCUACGACUUGCAUAAGAAGUACAAUGGCAAGAUCGUUCCAUUUGCUGGAUUCGAUAUGCCUGUGCAGUACUCAGAUCUGAGUAUCCAGGAAUCGUCCAGGCAUACCAGACAACACAUCAGCGUUUUUGACGUGUCCCACAUGUUGCAGACACAUAUCACUGGGAAGGACAGGGUCGCUUUCAUUGAAAGCCUUACUACGGCAGAUAUUGAAGGUUUGACGGAAAACAGCGGUGCGCUUUCUGUGUUCACCAAUGAAAAAGGUGGUAUAAAGGACGAUUUAAUCGUUUCUAAGACUGAACUUAACUACAUCUACAUAGUAACAAAUGCUGGUUGCAUCGAUAAGGAUCUACCUUAUCUGCAGGAGAAUGCUGCGAAAUGGAGGUCGAAAGGAAAGGAUGUAGAUGUUAAAGUACUUGACGGACAGGGACUGAUUGCCGUUCAAGGUCCGGAAAUGAUGAAAGUUCUUCAGCCGGAGGCAGAUAUUGACCUUCGGAAGCUGACGUUCAUGAAAACAGCUGUUGGCAAGGUUUUUGGUGUUGAAAACUGCAGAGUUACACGUUGUGGGUAUACUGGAGAAGACGGUGUAGAGAUAUCAGUUAACCCUACUGAGGCAGUUACUCUUACGGAAAGAAUGCUACAAUCAAAGAACGGCAAAGUAAAAUUAGCCGGUCUUGGUGCACGAGAUGCUUUACGAAUGGAAGCUGGUUUAUGUCUUUACGGAAAUGAUAUUGACGAGAACACAACACCAGCUGAGGCUGGAUUGGCCUUCGUUGUUGCCAAAAGACGUCGUGAAACGUUAGGUUUCCCUGGUGCUGAAAAAGUUGUAGAACAACUCACAACGAAAAAUUGGCCAAAGCAACGGGUUGGACUGAUCGGAGAACCUGGCCGAGCUCCACGAGCACAUCUCCCUAUAAUUGAUCCUCUGGAUAAAUGCGCCGUUGGUUUCGUGACGUCCGGAUGUCCAUCUCCUUGCACUAGUCAGAACAUUGGCAUUGCUUACGUUGAUAAGCCGUGCGCAAAGAUUGGCAAAGAAUUCCUUGUGGACUUUGGUUCAAAACAGUCCAAAGUCACAGUAGCGAAAAUGCCAUUUGUAAAGACCAACUACUAUACACAAUGUUCUUGA